AUGACACCCAAAGUUUUUCUUACAGGAGGCACAGGCUACAUCGGUGGUUCCGUCUUACAUACUAUUGCAACCGCCCACCCUGAAUACCACAUCACUGUUCUGUUACGCAAAACUCCUGAAAACUUCAAAUCCACCUAUCCCAACAUCGACGUCAUCACCGGUGACUACUCGAGCGCCGACCUCAUUACAUCAGCAGCGGAGAACGCUGACAUUGUUAUCCACAAUGGCGAUUCAGACCAUGAGCCUAGUCUAAACGCUAUCAUCACGGGUCUUCUCCGCCGUCCAAUUCCGGGCUACCUCCUUCACCUCUCCGGAACAGGAAUUGUAUCUGACUGGACCGAUGAAGAGUAUCUAGGGAAGUUGAACCCAAAGAUAUGGUCGGACAUUGCUUCUCUGCCUGAGAUCCGUCAGCUGCCCCCAAACGCACUCCACCGCAAUACAGAGACCAUUCUCCAUCAUACAGUUGCAGAGCACGGCGAUAAAAUCAACAUAGCAGUCAUGUGCCCACCGGAUAUCUACGGUCGAGGCACGGGGCUAGCAAAGACCCAAAGUGCUUUCAUCCCGUUUUUCAUCAAAGAAGUGAAGAAUAUGGGUGGUAAGGUAGUUUACCUCAACGAAGGUGCAAACACGCGGAGUUGGGUGCAUAUCGACGAUUUGAUGCGUCUGUAUCUCCAAGUCGUGGAAGCUGCGGCAUCCAAUUCAAAGGACCUCUUCAAUGAUAAUGGAUACUACUUCGCUAGUACACAGGAGCAUUCUCAGAUUGAUGUUGCGAAAGCGACAGGAGAAGUUCUACACAGACAUGGUGUGAUCGAUGAUGCGACACCCGUGCAGAUUAGUUUAGAGAGAUUGGACGCAAUGGCGAAUCUCCCUGGAUUUCCCAGACUGGCCAGAUAUCUUUUUGCAAGUAAUUCGCGCACGAGGGCAGAGAGAGCGGGGAAGGCUUGGGGAUACAAAGGCGAGGCACCAGGCUUGUUAGAGUGCUUGGAAGCGGAUAUACUGGAUGCUGUGCGUACCUAG